UCCUUCCUUCCUCUCUUCACCUAUUUUCUCUUUUUGGUGUUGUUUGAAGUUCUCUCCAUUUGUUGUGGCCUUGUUUGAGAUUGAGAUCGAGUAGGAAGGAGAUGGCGAACAGAUCGGAGGGGGCGCCGUUGGUGGUCUCGUUUGGGGAGAUGCUGAUCGACUUCGUGCCGGACGUCGCCGGGAUGUCGCUGGCGGAUUCCGGCGGGUUCGUGAAGGCUCCCGGCGGCGCUCCGGCCAAUGUCGCCGUCGCCAUCACCAAGCUCGGCGGCAGCUCCGCCUUCGUCGGCAAGUUUGGUGAUGAUGAGUUUGGACACAUGCUAGUUGACAUACUGAAGAAAAGUGGGGUGGACACUGAUGGUUGUCUCUUCGACCCCCAUGCUCGCACCGCCCUGGCCUUUGUGACUCUGAAGAGUAAUGGCGAGCGGGAGUUCAUGUUCUACCGCAACCCCAGUGCAGACAUGCUCCUGACUGAGAAGGAACUCAAGCUUUCCCUCAUUCGCAGCGCCAAGAUCUUCCACUAUGGCUCCAUUAGUCUCAUAGCUGAGCCCUGCCGAUCUGCUCAUCUUGCCGCCAUGCGUGCUGCGAAGGAGGCUGGCAUCCUCUUGUCCUACGACCCCAACGUGAGGCUCCCCUUAUGGCCAUCUCAGGAAGCAGCUCGAGAUGGAAUUAUGAGCAUCUGGAAGGAGGCUGACUUCAUCAAGGUUAGUGAUGAUGAGGUGGCUUUCCUGACACAAGGAGAUCCAGAGAGCGAGGAUGUUGUUAUGAAGCUGUGGUAUGAUGGGUUGAAGAUGCUUAUUGUCACAGAUGGUGAGAAGGGAUGCAGGUACUUCACUAAGAAUUUCAAAGGACAGAUACCUGGGUUUUUGGUGAACACAGUGGACACUACAGGCGCAGGCGAUGCUUUUGUUGGUUCCCUUCUGGUUUCCAUUGCCAAAGACGACUCCCUCUUCCAUAAUGAAGAAAAGCUGAAGGAGGUGCUUAAAUUUUCCAAUGCCUGCGGAGCAAUCUGCACCACCCAGAAAGGAGCGAUUCCAGCCCUCCCAAACACAUCCAUGGCUCAGGAGCUCAUUGCAAAGGGAAAGUAGGGCCUCGAAGUGCAACGACGCACUUAAGGGAAGUUAAAGCUUUCUUGUUAUUUGGUUUUGAUGCAUUCUCCUAGUUACUAGGUUUGUAAAGAAAAUGAGGUCAGAUGAUGGUACAUCUAUUAUAACCAUGUACUCUGAGAACACUGCAGAUAUAGUUGUAACUGAUCAAUUGUUUUGUUCUGCCUCUUCCUAAAUCAAAUUAUGUUGUGAUCA